CAAUCGCAGGCUUCAAAAGAUGCUGAUUGUGGAUCAGGGCUCGAGUUCCUGACUUCAGAGUUGAAGAAAUUAGCGAGAGAGCCUGAGUUCUUUAAAUGGAUGAUAGGGUUGAGAAGAAGAAUUCAUCAGUAUCCAGAACUGGGAUUUCAAGAGCACAAGACGAGUGAACUCAUCAGGUCCGAGCUUGACCUUCUUGGAGUUAAGUACAAGUGGCCUGUGGCCAAGACUGGAGUGGUGGUUUCAAUUGGGACAGGUUCUAAACCAGUCUUUGCUCUUAGAGCUGACAUGGGUGCUCUCCCUCUCCAGGAACUUGUAGAGUGGGAGUUCAAGAGCAAGAUUGAUGGAAAGAUGCAUGCUUGCGGCCACGAUGCACAUGUCGCAAUGCUAUUAGGAGCAGCCAAAUUGCUUCAAGAAAAAAGAGAUAUAUUGAAGGGAACUGUGAAGCUAGUUUUCCAGCCUGGAGAAGAGGGUUAUGCUGGUGCUUACCAUAUGCUACAAGAUGGUGUUUUAGAUGAUAUUGACGGCAUCUGUCCCCUGCAUGUUUAUCCACAUAUACCAACAGGUACUAUAGCUUCGAGGCCUGGUCAAAUACUUGGUGGUGUAGGGCUCUUCAAAGCUACAAUACAAGGAAUAGGAGGUCAUGGUGCAGAGCCACAUGAGACCAGGGACCCGAUUGUUGCAGCAGCCUUCGCAACACUUGCUCUACAACAGAUUGUGUCUCGAGAGAAAAAUCCCCUUGAACCUGGAGUGGUAACAGUAGGGUACAUACAGGGUGGUCAAGCGGGAAAUGUGAUCCCAGAGUGUGUGAAGCUUGGAGGAACAUACAGGAGCUUAACUUCAGAGGGUCUCUACUAUAUCCAAGAAAGGAUCAGACAGGUCAUAGAGCAGCAAGCAGCUGUGCAUCGUUGUAGUGCUGUGGUGGACUUCCUCGAGGAAGUACCACUGCCUCAUCCACCAAUGACUAAUGAUCAACCGCUCUAUGAGCAUGUGAAGAAUGUUGAUCAAGCCCUUCUCGGGAAAUCAAAUGUGCGGCUUCUGCCACUGAACAUGUUUUCAGAAGAUUUCAGCUACUUUGGUGAGAAGACUGCUGCUGUAAUUUUUGUUAUUGGCUCAGGGAAUGAGACUCUGAAAUCAGAUAUAGCAGCAGACUCGCCCUACUUUUUUAUCGAUGAGGAGGCUCUUCCGUUGGGGGCAGCACUUCAUGCUGCAAUUGCAAUCUCAUACUUGGAUGACCAUGACUCAGUACAGCAUGUCUCACUCUUCAAUUCGGGAGAUAAGCAGUGUUCAGCAUAUGAAAUGCUCUAAAAACCCCUAUUACGGUGGCAUCUUCCAGCCCUUAUCCUUGCAUAGCCUUGCUCAGCAGGACCUUGUAGAAAAAUUGUUCUGUUUUCGUAUCGGUAAAUUGGUAGCUUUACUAUUGACUUCCUAAGCACUCAAGAGUCAGAACUCAGAACCAUAUAGAGCCCUGCCAUAUUACAACCAAAAAUCUCACCAUAGUGAGUAAACUACCUUGGUUUACUUUUUUGGGGUAAAAUCUCAAUCUAUGAACAAUUCUAAACCAGCAUAUCACCUUACUAGGCGUCAUAGCAUAUGAUUCCAUCACUCGUAUCUAAACCACAGUGCAAAGUAAGCAGAAUAUAAAGCUGUGGCAAGAUAGAACCUUCAAAAGUUUUCAAAAAAAAAGAAAAAAAAAAGAGAUAGAACCAUCAAAAGUAUGAUUUCAAGAUUCUCUCAAUCCUAUACAGGCAGUACCUAAAACCCCAACUCCGCAGAACUAUUU